UUUCAUUACAUGGACAGAUGUGUUUUUCUGGCUACACAUUUUUGGGAAAUGAAUAGCUUUUACUCCCCUGAGAAUAAUAGGGGUUGGAAUGCAAAGCAGUAUAAAGUCUGUGUUAGAAAGUCUUAGUGUUUCACAACAGCAAGACACAACAAAGUUAAACGUGUAAAACUUUUAACUUUUCUCCUUCAAGAAUAUCGCUUAAAAAUUUCACUCCCACGAAAAUAGAAACAAGCACGCAAGCCCUCGAUCCGUCACUAUGAGUUCUGCAGAAGAUUUCUCAAAGGGUCCAUCAAAGGACAGCAGUGAUAAAAUUGUGCUUAUUGUCGGUGGGGUCAUACAUGAGACGUACAAAAGCACCCUAAUGACCGUUCCAGGGUCACGGCUCGCCGAGUUGGUCGACACCGAGACGCCUCCUAAAGAAGUCUGUUUUGAUCGUCACCCCGAAAUAUUCACCCACAUCCUUCACUACUACAGAAGCGGAAAGCUGCACUGUCCCACCAACCUGUGUGGGGUUCUGCUGGAGGAAGAGUUUGAUUUCUGGGGUAUCAGCGUCGCAGACGUUGAGCCCUGCUGUUGGGUUGCGUUUCAAAAACAUAGAGAUGCAAUGGAAAGCUUGGCUCAGAUCGAUCCUUCGGUGAUGGACCAAAGAAACAGGUCAAAGUUAUGGGUGCUGUUUGAUGACCCACUUUCAUCUGUCACUGCUAAGGUCAUCGCCGUUACAUCUCUACUCUUCAUCCUGCUCUCCAUUAUUGCGUUCUCUCUUAACAUCAAUAAACACAUUAAUCCUGAGAUCCUACACAAUCAAACUUUGGCACACAACACGAGCUGGACAGAAGAAAUGAUUCAUUAUAGAAAAGUUUUUGGUGCUAUCGAGUUAGUGUGUUCGAUAUGGUUCAUCUUGGAGUUCCUGAUACGUGUCAUCUGUUGCCCAAGCAAAUGUCGCUUCUUCAUGAACCUUCUGAACAUCGUGGACCUGCUGGCCCUCUUCACGAUAUUCUUUCACUUGUGUUCAGGGGAACUCUGCGUCAAAGUGUUGGGUUUCCUCCAUGUGAUGCGAUGCAUACGUUUAUUGCGUGUCUUCAAACUGAUGCAGCACGUGUAUGGCGUGAGAGUCCUCAUCCACACGCUGCAUGCCAGCGCGGCGGCCCUCUGCGCUGUUCCAGUGGCCAUGUUUUGCUGCACCAUCAUCUUCGGUACAAUGAUUUAUUACGCAGAACUACAUUUAUAUGAUGAAAGUCACUUUCAUGACAUCCCAUCCGGCUUUUGGUUUGCUGCGGUGACACUGACCACAGUGGGUUACGGAGACAUGCUACCCAUUAGUUUUCCGGGUCGGUUUGUUGCGGCUCUAUGCGCAACGGUUGGGGUUUUCAUCAUUGUCCUACCAGUGCCAAUCAUCGUCAAUAACUUCCUCAUUUUCUAUUCAUUGGUCAAGGCAAAGACUGCAAUACCCAAAAUGAAGUCUAAUGUUAACCCAUCGUAUUCCAGGAUCUCCGCUUAGAGCAGAGUUGGGUAUCUAAACAGGGAAAUGUACAGGUUAAUAUAAGUUGUGUUUUGGAUAAAAUAUGUAUUUAACCUUUUGUCCAUAUUUUACCCAACCAUGAAUUGUAUACUUUCUGCAUCCUGCAAAAUGUUAAGUCCUUAUCAAACAUGAGUGUUAUCUUUUGAUAGAUCAAAACUCAUAAAACGUGUGUGCGGCUACUACCCAGUCUCACAAGGUUUCACGAAAUAGUCAUGUAUAUUUUUGAUUCUUUUUUCGUGAUAUUUUCACGAAUUUCCAAAUUUUUUCGUGAUCGUAUAACGAAUUCCUGUUUUCGUGUGAUUAUCACGUAUUGGUUACUCAACUGCUUUUUCCUAUUUUCAAACCAUUGUCGCUUUGGUUUAUUGGUGCUUGCAGUAGAAUGUCACAUGUAAUGGUUUAUAAUAUUUUUUCUGAUUUAUUUUUGUAUAUGUCGCCUGGCGUUAGGGUUAGAGUUGGGUUUGGUAAGGGUGUCAUUUUAUGUAAAUCUAACCCUAAACUGAAGAGACAAUUGUAAAAAAUAGGACAAAACAGUUGAGUAGCCAAUA